GGUGGGUGAUUUGGAUAGAGGGGGCUGCCAGUGAGAGAAGUUCAGUCAAUUCUAUACAAUACACAUUUAUUGAGCACCAGAUAUAUGCCAUGCUAGAUGCAGGUGACCCAGACCAUCAAGGAGCAAUAGUCUGGUGGCAGAGACACACACAAUGUCACUGUGAUGUAUUAAAGCAGUCAGCAAGAGAUGCAGCUCAGGGCACUGUGGGGAUAUCCAGAGGCACAGUGCCUUCUGCCUGUCAAUCAGGGAGGGGGAGGAGCACAGGCUGAAGGAGAGUGGAGGACAGCAGUUGGCCUCUGAUGGUGGGACUGGAGAGAGAUUUCUAAGGGCCACUUCCUGUUUUCAGGGACUAGGUUGGGCUAGAUAUGGGGCUCAGGAUGGACAAGGCUUACAGCCAAGUUGGAGAAGAUGAAAGAGCAUUACUAGAGGAGUGGGGAGGCCUAGGCUAUGCUCUUUACUCUGCCAUUGACUAUGUGAUCUUGGGCAGGCCAUGUAACCUCUCAGGGCUGUGCACUCCCUUAUUUGUAAAACUAGAGGGCUGGGCCAGCAUGUUUUCCAAGGGUUCUUCUAGCAUUGACGGUCAGGUUCCAAGAGGGAACACAGUGUCAGAAGUGGGACACUCUUCCUCAUUUCUAAUUUCCCAAAGGUUAAGGACCUGGGGAAUUAAUUGAGAGGCCUGGAAAGAGAGGAUCCAGAUAAAAGCCAAAGUUCCUGGCAAGGCCAGGGCCACUGCCCUGAUUCCUUAGGUGUGAACAGAGCUUUUUGUCUCCGAAGUAUUCUAAAUUAUUUCCUAACACAGGGGCAUUCAGAGAAAGAGAUUCUUACCCCCAUUCCACAGGGGAGAAACUGAGGCUUAGGGAGAUUUAAGGAUCAUGCUGAAGAGGUUAUCUGGGGACAAAGCUUACUCAGGAUGUGGAGGGGGAUGCUGAGGAACAGGGACUGGAGCCUGGGAAGGUAGGGCAGGCUGAGACCUGGGGGUAUGGGUGGAAUGUGUAUGUGGUAAUGGUGUCUGGGCGAUGGAAUGAAGUGAAAGAAAUAGCCAAGAGCUGGGCACUGAGGGAACAAGCUGGGGGGCCCUGGGCGUGGGUUCCCUGGAUCCAGGGAGUGUGAGGAUGGCUUUCCCUGGUUCCUGAGGCAUGGACCGAGUCCUAGCCUGCAUCUGAGCUCCGUUGUGCUAGCUUUGUGGUGUCUGGGUCGGGGAAGUUACUGUUAGAAAGUUGCCGUCAGCAGGCGUUGUUCCAGCUUUCCAUGGAAAUUCUGGGAGCUGCUCCUAGUUUGCGGCGGAGCCUUCCUUCCUUCCCUGCAUUGGGCGCUGGACCUUGACGGCCAGGAGGCUCCAAGGCCCAGGCUUUUUGCCAACAGCAACAGGCUACUGGCUGGGCCCAGGCAAGGGGGCCUUGGCAGGAAAAGUUCCUUGCUGUACCUCCACUGCACUCAGAGGCCAGUGAGGGGGGUACCAGACAGGACUCCUUCCUCCCUGGUGAAGUGCCCUUGCAGCUCCCCAGUGUCCACGCCAUGGAUAUUUCCUCCACAGAAAUACAAUGCUGAUUAUGAUCUGUCAGCUCGGCAAGGGGCAGAUACCCUGGCCUUCAUGUCUCUCCUGGAGGAGAAGUUGCUCCCGGUGCUGGUACAUACUUUUUGGAUAGACACCAAGAACUACGUGGAAGUGACCCGGAAGUGGUAUGCAGAGGCUAUGCCCUUUCCCCUCAACUUCUUCCUGCCUGGCCGCAUGCAGCGGCAGUACAUGGAACGGCUACAGCUGCUGACUGGGGAGCACAGGCCUGAGGACGAGGAAGAGCUGGAGAAGGAGCUGUACCGAGAGGCUCGGGAGUGUCUGACCCUGCUCUCUCAGCGCCUGGGUUAUCAGAAGUUCUUCUUUGGAGAUGCCCCUGCCUCCUUGGACGCCUUCGUCUUUAGCUACUUGGCCCUGCUGCUGCAGGCAAAGCUGCCCAGUGGGAAGCUGCAGGUCCACCUGCGUGGGCUGCACAACCUCUGUGCCUAUUGUACCCACAUUCUCAGUCUCUACUUCCCCUGGGAUGGAGGUAAGGGGCAGAUGGGAGGGGCAGCCCUGGGGAGAGUGGGCAGGGAUCCAAGAACUAGUUCUCCUAACACACCUUCCUUCCUUGACCCUCAGCUGAGGUACCACCGCAACGCCACACACCAGCAGGCCCAGAGACUGAGGGGGAGCCAUACGGGCGCUGGAACCAGAUCCUAUCUGUGCUGGCAGGACUGGCAGCCAUGGUGGGCUAUGCCUUGCUCAGCGGCAUUGUCUCCAUCCAGUGGGCAACGCCUGCUCGGGCCCCAGGCACCCGGACCCUGGGCAUGGCUGAGGAGGAUGAAGAGGAAUGAUUUGUCCUCACGCUCCCAAGACUGGUUUUUCUACUCUCAUGCAUUCCAGAGGCCCCCGUGCCUCCUCGUUGUUGGUACAGCCAGAAAUGGGGUGCUGCCCCCCAGAAUAAAGCCACUCACACUGACUGGGCUCAAACAUUUUCUCCUUUAAGAGCUGCCAUUUUUCCUGGCUGGUGCCAUAGGAAUCAUCUGGGUGCCUGGGCACACCCGCUGCUGCUUUAAGGCUUCCGCCCUGAUGCUGACACUGCUGCUCCACGGGCCCAGUUCUGCAUCUCCAGGAAAGACAAACAGUCUCCAGUUUUGGGCCCAGCUUUCCCAGUCUCUUCUUUUCCUUACC